AUGGGACAGCCCAACCAUGAGUCGAGAUGCCUAGGCUCAGUGAUUGUUGAUCGUCUACGGAGUCCACGGAGUCGUCAAAAUACUACAAUUCCAAGCUUUUUGGCUCUCGCCUGGGUCGCCUGCGUGCCCCUGGUUGGGCAUUUCUACUGCGCUGUGCUCCUUAAACGCCCUCGCAACCACCCAGCCAGCGCCACUUUAACCCUCUGGCGACAACAUGGCGAGCACCUCCAUGGUCCAAAAGCUCCAUAUAAAAUGAUUCACAUGGAAAUCCUCGGAUACUACCAGGCCCUCGGCGGGUCCUGUUCCCAUGAGUCUGCCCCAUAUGCCCUCAGCCGCGGGGUGAAAGUCAACCCGCACGCCGAGUUGCGAGAUUCCAGGGCCCAGUCGCUAGGCUGUCCGCUAGAAGCCAAUAUGUAUUAUUUUAAGGGUUCCUCAGGAGUCGAUUUCGAAGUCUUGGGGCUUAUUUUUGCUGGUUCUUUACGGAAUCGGAGGCCCAGCGUCCAGGGUAAGAGUUAUGCGGAGAUUAAAGUGUUUGACCACGGUAUGGUGACGCUAAGAUCUAGUUGCUGGGAUUCACAGAUCGUUAAUCCUGGCCCUAUCUCGGCUGCACCGUAG